AUGAACCUGGGAAUCGCUAAUCCCACGCAAGGGGACCUGCGGCAGAUCGAAUUAAAGCAGGCCACGAUCCAGGUGCAACCCGUGACGAUUGACACACCUGCCACCACACCUGAGCAAAACUCACCAUCCGAAGAAGCCAUGACUGGCAAGAAAGUCUUCUCGUUAGAGCGACCGAUGGAUAAGGCGAGAGAAUUGGCUGCCAAGUUGACCUUGGAGGAACAGGUUUCACUGCUGGCUGGUGCAGAUUUCUGGCGAUCUAAGGCUAUCCCAGAGAAAGGCAUCCCUUCCAUCAAGACAUCUGACGGACCCAAUGGAGCUCGAGGAGAGUUUUUUACCAAUGGCACACCCGCCGCACUGUUUCCUUGCGGUAUCUCCAUGGCUUCUUCGUGGAAUGUGGAUAUGAUGGAGGAGAUUGGCCGCCACCUGGGUGAUGAGUGCAAGGCGCGUGGAGCUGAUGUGCUCCUUGCACCGACCAUUUGCAUGCAUCGCUCUCCGCUUGGUGGGCGAAAUUUUGAGUCUUAUUCCGAGGAUCCUUUUCUCACAGGCAAGCUGGCUGCCUCUUAUGUUCGCGGACUCCAGAGCAAGGGCAUCGCCGCGACCAUCAAGCAUUUUGUGGGAAAUGAGCAAGAAACGGAAAGACAGGCAUAUGAUGCUAUCAUCGCUGAGCGACCACUGAGGGAGAUCUAUCUCAAACCUUUCGAGAUCGCCGUCAGGGAAGCGUCGCCAUGGGCAUUAAUGAGCGCAUACAAUAUGGUCAAUGGCCAACAUGCUGAUGAGUACGUGCACAGCAUCAAAGAAAUCCUUCGAGGCGAAUGGGGCUGGGAAGGUACCAUCAUUUCCGACUGGACCGGCACAUAUGCCACAGCACCAUCAAUUAAAUCUGGUGUCGACAUUGAAAUGCCUGGACCGUCGAAAUGGCGUAAGUUCGAACAGGUGAAGGAAUGCUUAGAUAAUGGAGAACUUGAUGUGGAGGACGUCGAGGAGGCAGCGGCAAGAGUACUAUACCUCGUUGAACGGACUAAGGGAUUCAACAACAUGACUCCGGAAGAACCUGAGAAGUCCAUCGAUAAUCCUGAGACAAGGGCAUUAAUUCUUCAAGCUGGAAUUGAGGGGCUUACUCUAUUGAAGAACGAGGGAAACGUACUACCCAUCAAGAACGCGAAGAAGGUCGCAAUGAUUGGUCCAAAUGUUAAACGAUCCAUAGCAAGCGGUGGAGGGAGCGCAGGUCUCAACCCAUACUACAAGACCACACCCUGGGAUGGUGUCCAAAAUCGCUUCAAGGGCGAAGUCACAUUCGCGCAAGGCUGCGACAGUGCAAAAUGGCUACCCCUCGCCUCACCCUACUGCAAGACCGAGAAUGGAGAGACCGGCGUACGAUUAGAGUACUACCGCGGCGACAGAUUCAAGGGCGAGCCAGAGGUUGUUCAGCACAAAGUCAGCACCGACUUGUGGUUAUGGGAUUCUGCGCCAAUGGAGCUACUCCCCGAUUUCUCCUUCAAGGUCAAGACCACACUUACACCACAAUCGACAGGCAAGCACAGCUUCAGCUUUGCUUCUGUAGGUCCUGGUCGGAUGUUCAUCGACGGCGAGCUUUUCAUCGACAACUGGGAUUGGGUCGAAGAAGGCGAGGCCAUGUUUUCUGCAUCUGAAGAUGUCUUGAAGUCGGUCGAGCUCGAGGAAGGCAAGCCCGUCGAGAUUCUGAUUGAGAGCACAAGCGAAGUGCGACCUGCAUCAAAGGUCUCAACCCUUGGACGACGCUACGACUACGGUGGCUGCAGAAUUGGAUACCAAGAAGAGGACAAAAUUGAUCGCAUCCAGGAAGCCGUCGAUGCAGCCAAAGAAGCCGACGUUGCAAUCUUGGUCGUCGGUCUUGAUGCAGAAUGGGAGUCAGAAGGUUACGACAGGCAGACUAUGGAUCUGCCCAAGAAUGGCUCGCAGGAUCGUCUGAUCGAAGCUGUUUUGGCGGCAAACCCACGCACCGUUGUCGUCAACCAGUCCGGAACACCCAUAUCGAUGCCAUGGGUACACAAGGCUCCAGCAAUUCUGCAAGCUUGGUACCAAGGUCAAGAAGCAGGCAAUGCACUUGCAGACGUACUUUUCGGCAACGCGAGUCCCAGCGGAAAGCUGCCAACCACAUUCCCUGUACGCAUAGAAGACAACCCAGCCUACCACAACUGGCCAGGCGAGAACCUAAAGACCGUAUAUGGAGAAGGCAUCUACGUCGGUUACAGGCAUUACGAGCGCUCAAAGAUUGCUCCUCUCUUCCCCUUCGGCCACGGCCUCACAUACACAACUUUCGAGUACGGAACACCAACUGUCAGCGCCACAGUUCUGACAGAGGCCGGGGAAAUCGUCGUUACCGUACCAGUGACGAAUACCGGCCGAGUUGCUGCACACGAGAUCGUCCAAGCGUACGUCAAGGACAUCAAAUCGACACUACCGCGCCCAGAGAAGGAACUUCAGGCUUUCGGAAAGGUGUUCUUGCAGCCUGGUGAGACCAAAAACGUGAACUUGAAGCUCAAUAAGCAUUCAGUGGGCUACUUUGAUACGAGCCUUGGCCAGACUGGCGCAUGGAUCGCGGAAGAGGGUACAUUUGAGGUCUUGGUUGGGGCCAGUAUUAGCUUCGAGGUGAAGGAAUCGUUCCAGUGGAUCUUUUGA